CAGUACAGAGGGCCUUGCAGUGUUGGUACCUUCCCCAAGAGGAUCCAGACAGAUCAGCAGGGAGUCCAGAUUAACCCAUUUUCUGUCUCCCCCUCAGAUGAUAUAGGCCCAUCUACAUCUCUCCUUCUGCAAUGGUUGUUCCUGAAUCUCAGGACAAAAUGUACUACCCCUCUGCCGAGCUGCAGAGGGAUGCUCAUGUGCCUGAUUUGAACUCUUAUCUGGAGCUGUACAGGAAGUCUCUUGAGAAUCCAGAAGCUUUCUGGAAAGAGGUUGCUGAUGAGUUCUUUUGGAAGAAGCCAGCAACAGGUCCAUUGCUGCAGUACAACUUUGACAUGACUAAAGGGAACAUAUAUGUCAAAUGCAUGGAAGGGGCCAAAACCAACAUGUGCUAUAAUGUCCUCGACAGACAUGUGAAGGAGAGGAACCUCGGGGAAAAGGUUGCCUAUUACUGGGAGGGAAACUCGCCCGAUCACCACAUGACCAUCACGUACUCUCAGCUGCUGAGCCGCGUCUGCCGCUGUGCUAACGUCCUCAGGAAAAUGGGGGUGAAAAAGGGAGACAGGGUGUCCAUUUAUCUCCCCAUGAUUCCAGAGCUGGUCUACACUAUGUUGGCCUGUGCCAGGAUCGGUGCUGUUCACUCCAUUGUGUUUGCAGGUUUCUCCUCGGAGUCUCUGUGUGAGAGGAUUGUCGACGCCCAGAGCAGCGUCCUGGUGACAGCAGAUGGUGUUUACCGAGGAGAGAAGCUGAUCAACCUGAAACAGAUUGUGGACGAGGCUCUGGAGAAGUGCAGGGAGAAAGCGUCCUCGAGCAUCACCAAGUGCCUCGUCGUCAAACACCCGGCCCUGAGGACAAAGAGCGGAGCUGCAUGCAACAAAUUACAGACCCCCUGGGACUCGGAGUGUGACGUGUGGUGGGAGGAGGCGAUGAGAGACUCUCCUGAGGAGUGUGAACCCGAGUGGCUGGACGCCGAGGACCCGCUGUUCAUCCUCUACACCAGCGGCUCCACCGGCAAGCCCAAGGGCGUCCUCCACACUGUGGCCGGGUACCUGCUCUACACGUCGCUGACCUUUAAGUACGUUUUUGACCAUCACCAUGAUGACGUGUACUGGUGCACGGCGGACAUCGGCUGGAUCACGGGUCACUCCUACAUCACCUACGGGCCCCUGGCAAACGCUGCUACCGGGGUCCUGUUUGAAGGCCUCCCUGUGCACCCCCACGUCGGCCGGUUCUGGGAGAUUAUUGAGAAGUACAAGGUGACCAAGUUCUACACAGCUCCCACAGCCAUCCGCCUGCUGAUGAAGUACGGACAAGAGCCUCUGCAGAAGUACGACCUCUCCAGCCUGAGGAUCGUGGGUACAGUGGGCGAGCCCAUCAACCCAGAGGCCUGGCAGUGGUACCACGAGGCGGUGGGUCAGGGCCGAUGUCCCAUCGUCGACACCUUCUGGCAGACGGAGACAGGAGGUCAUGUUUUGACUCCUCUUCCUGCCGCCACACCGCUGAAACCCGGCUCUGCUACCUUUCCUUUCUUCGGGGUGGAACCGGCGAUCCUGAACGAACACGGAGAAGAACUGGAGGGUGAGGCGGAGGGAUAUCUGGUGUUCAAGAGGCCCUGGCCUGGAAUAAUGCGAACGCUUUACAGAAACCACGAGCGCUUCGAAAACACCUACUUCAAGAAGUUCCCGGGCUUUUAUGUGACCGGUGACGGCUGCAGGCGGGAUAAAGACGGAUAUUACUGGAUCACAGGAAGAAUAGACGACAUGCUGAAUGUGUCAGGACACCUGAUGAGCACGGCGGAGGUGGAGGCGGCCCUGACGGAGCACCCGGCCGUGGCGGAGGCUGCCGUGGUGAGUCGGCCUCACAAGGUGAAGGGCGAGUGUCUCUACUGCUUCGUCAGCCUCAAAGACAGCCUGGAGUUCAACCACACGCUGGUGGAGGAGCUCAAGAGACUGGUGAGAGAGAAGAUUGGACCGAUCGCGACACCAGACUUUGUUCAAAACGCCCCGGCGCUCCCGAAAACUCGCUCAGGUAAGAUCAUGAGGCGAAUCCUCCGGCAGAUCGCCCGCAACGACAAAGACCUGGGCGACCUCUCGACCCUGGCCGACCCGAAGGUGGUGGAGGUGCUGUUCAGCCAGAGGUGUGAAGCUGCAGCCUGAACAGACGCACCUCCACCUCCGCCCCUCUCCACCUCUCCACCUCUCUACCCCUGCCCUUCUCCACCUCUCCACCUCUCUGCCUCUCCACCUCUCCACCUCUCCACCUCUCUGCCUCUCUGCCUCUCCACCUCUCCACCUCUCUACCCCUGCUCUUCUCCACCUCUCCACCUCUCCACCUCUCUGCCUCUCCACCUCUCCACCUCUCCACCUCCGCCCCUCUCCACCUCUCCACCUCUCUACCCCUGCCCCUCUCCACCUCUCCACCUCUCCACCUCUCCACCUCUCUGCCUCUCCACCUCUCCACCUCCGCCCCCUCUCCACCUCUCAUCCUCAGCCCUUCUCCAUCUCUCCACCUCUCCACCUCUCUGCCUCUCCACCUCUCCACCUCUGCACCUCCGCCCCUCUCCAUUUCUCCACCUCCCCACUUCUCGUCCUCCCCACUUCUCCACCUCUCUGUCUCUGUCUCUCCAUCUCCCUACCUCUCAACCUCUCCUUCUCUCCAUCUCUCCACCUCUCCAGCUCUCUGCCCCUCCACCUCUUCACCUUCCCACUUCUCCACCUCUCCACCUAUCUGUCUCUCUGUCUCUCCAUCUCCCUACUUCUCAACCUCUCCUUCUCUCCAUCUCUCCACCUCUCCACCUCUCUGCCCCUCCACCUCUUCACCUCCCCACUUCUCCAUCUCUCCACCUAUCUGUCUCUCUGUCUCUCCAUCUCCCCACCUCUCCAACCUCCCCAUCUCUUCACCUCUCAGCCCCUCCACCUCCCCAUCUCUUCACCUCUCAGCCUCUCCACCUCUUUGUCCCUCGUUCCCUCUUGUAAUGCAACUGUACAGAUGAACACAAUCACACGACUGCAGUGACUUGUUUAAAAUUGUUGUUCUAUUUGGAGAAAGAAUGAAUCAGUGGUGUUUAUGUCGUCGCACAGAUGGUUUGUGUUUGGGCCAAAAUAUCAAACAGAAUAGAAACAGAGAUAAUAAUGUUUAUAUAUUUUUUACGUCUCUUAUCACUGGAGGGAGAAUUGAUCCUUUAUUCUCUUGUGUUUGAUCAGCUUGUCUGACGCCUGAUGUACAUUUUUAAUCUUUGACCUGAAAAUAAAAUGUUUUAAAUCUG